UGUGAUUCCAAGUUAGAAACACAGUUUCCUAACACCACACCAGCCAUCAUCAUCUUUGAGCUCCCAGUAGUGCUGGUGCCCUUCUCCCUGGUCAUGCUCACUAGUUUUCUCAACAGGGAUGCUCCAGCAUCCCACAGAACAGGUUGGUCUCUGCUCACUCCCCAUGGAAAUAUUUGCUGAUAUAUCCACUCUGGCACAGGUUAUUCUCAGAGAUUUUUGAUCACCACUUUUCUACUACCGAUUUAACCUGCCUAGAUUAACUUUGUCCUGUAGUGUGGGCAUGGUCAUCCUCUAACCAGUUCCAGGAAGCCAUCCCUAGAGCAUUGCCUUAUAUCCCGGGGAAUCUGCCAAUGGUUUGUUCUAAUGUCAUUCUAUCGCUGUGAUAAAACACUCUACCAAAGCAAUGUAAAGGAGACAGUGAUUUAUUUGACUUCUACUUCUAAGCCAUAGUCUGUCACUGAGCAAAGUCAGGGCAGGUACUCAGAGGCAGGCAGAUUGCUAUUCCACACAGCAUCAUCUAUGACCAGGGAACUUUUUCACAGUCGGAGAGGAAUGGCAGGAACCAUGGAGGAUGCUGCUUGCUGUCUGGAUCACUAACUCCUGCACAGCUAGGUAUCUUAUCCAUUCAGAGACCACCUGCCCUGGGAAUGGUAAUGCCCUUAGUGCCUGGGAAUUCCUACCUCAUCAACAGUCAAAACAGUCCCUCCAUGGACACUUCCUUCUUAGGUGACUCACAGCUCGAACCAGCAAAGAUGUGCAAGUCUUUUCUCUCUUCCCUUCUUCCUUUUUUUAAUGACCCCCUUCCACAGGUGUCUCUUGUUCCACAGGCAGAGACUGUCUCUGAACCCCUGCUCCGCAUCCUAACCUCACUGCAUGUUUCCUUCACAGACGCUGCUUCUCUCUGCUACAGCUUCACUGUGGGCAAGUCAGGGUCUGGACCAUGGUGGCACCAAGUCCAAGGCCAACUGAACACAGAAACUUUUAUUUACUGUGACAGUUCCAACACCUGUCAGGACAAUGGUGUUCUGGGAAACAAACUGAAGGCCACAAAGACCUGGGAAACACAGGUUGACACUCUGAGAGAUGGAGUUGACCUGUUCAAACAGCAAAUGGUUUACAUGAAGCAGGAGAACAAUACAAUCAGAGAGCCCCUCACUCUGCAGGCCAUGAUGUGUUGUGGGCAUGAAGUAGAUGGAGAGUUCAAUGGAUCCUGGGACUUUGACCUCAAUGGACACAAAAUGUUUCACGUUGACUCAAUCACUGGAAAGUGGACUGAAGUUGAACCUGGAUCCAGAUGGAUGAAAGAGAUGUGGGAGAAUAACAGGGAUGUAACCAUCUUCUUAAAAAUGACCUCACGGGGGGACUGCAGGUCCUGGCUUGAGGAGAUCAAGCCACACUGGGAAGAAAAGCUGGAGCCUACAGCCUCGCCAAUUGCCCCAGAUGUGGACCAGGCUUCGUCCAUGGCCAUCAAGCCCAACAUCUCUGUCCUGCUGAUAAUCCUCCACUGCUCCAUUCUUCUGUGGUUUCUGAGGAGAAUCUGUGAUCAUGAAGGUACUGAGGGCAGUGUUGGGAGUGGGGUAAGGGACAGAAAGAAGGAAUGAGGAAGCAAGAGGGAAUUCCUGGAGUCCUGCUCUUGACCCUCAUCUAUAGCAUCUUAUUGAGAAAGGAGGCAGGAGAUCUGGAGUUCAUGUCACCUGCAAGCAACAGUUCAUGCAUGCUCAGCCUUGACAGGACAGGAAUCAUGUCACAGACCAGUUUGAAAUGAGGAGGGAACACAGCAGGUUCCUAAUCUGGAGGGUCCCAUGAUGCAGAUGUGGGGACAGCAGGAACACACACACACACACACACACACACACACACACAAAAAAACAAAACAAAACAAAAACAAAAACAAAAAAGAAACAUGUUAGUUCAUGUGCAACUGGUAGGGCAACCUGUCCCUUCUUCUGCACAGACCCCAGGCAUUCCCACAGUGCACUUCCAGACUUGCAGGCUCACACUCAUACACAUAAACUAGAAAUGAAUCAAGCAGCAGCAGCAGCCUCCAGAACCCCUGGACCAAUGUCCCACUGGAGGCUGUGGGACUGAGCUGCUGCUGGAGUCUGCUGCUCCCCUCUGGGCUGCCCAGGAGGACAAGGUGGGCAGGGACAGUCACACACACAGCUGUGAUACCACUCUCAGAUUUUGAGAGUUUCAGAAUGAAGGGGAAAAGAGCUCUGGGACCCCACUAAAGUCCUGGAUUACCAGGUCCAAAGGCCAUUGUAUUGUAUAGAGCUCCUCCCCCUCCUCCAGCCCUCCCAUCCAGCCCUGAGUCAGGAGGCAGAGCCAGUCAUCACCACUUUAUUCUGAACUUCAGGUCUGCAGCAGGGCCUGGGGCUGACUCUGGGACAUGGGAAAGAAGGGAGGAAGACAGGAGAGGCUCCAGGGAUGCAGAGCCCAGGAAUGAUGGAGGAGGGAACUGGAUGACCUCAGUGAGGGUGGCUGUCAGGUGGUGAUGACUGGUACUGGGCACCCAGGGGAACUGACCCAGGCUGUCCUCAGACCUUCAAUAGACCUGUUCCCUUGCUGCAGGUUGAAGAUGCUGCAGAGAAGGUCGUGAGAGUUCAUCUGGUGCAGCCACUCUCCCUCUCAUUGGCCUCAACCAGAUGAAUCAUGGUGCUGCCGACACAGUAUUUCAUGAUCUUUCACUCUGUGCUGCUCACUUGGGUCUUUCUUAUCACCUUGUACUGUUUCCUUGGUGCUUCCUGGUGGGAUUUGCCCUUAACAUGGAAAUACUUGAACUAGAGAUCUGGAAAAGAACAUGGUUAUGUGCCCAUUCCUAGCAUAGGAAAAGGAUAACCAGAUCUCCGCAGUGAGAAUGUGAAGUGUUUAGUCCUGUGUGUAUAACUUAUCAGAACAGAAGUCAGUGUGAGACAGACUAGGAAAGAGCCACCUGUCUAAUGGUAUUCGACUGGGAGUUAAAUUCUAUGAAGAACAUUAACUUUGUAAUAGAGAUUUAUUAUAUCACCCCUGUACUAGGCAGCCUUCUCUAGAACAAAAGAAUGUAUCUAUUAUUUGUUUGUGACCAUAUAUGAUAAAAGGGAUUAUUUCAUAACAGAACAGGUGAUAUUUUAUAAUAUUAUUGCUAUUACAGGUUAGUUUCUGUGACAUGCACUAGAUAUUCCAGCAAUGCCCACAUGCACAUUGGAGACAGAGAUCCUGGAAGCUGCUCAGUCCCACAGGCUGGCUGCCCCUGCAGUGAUAAUCUGGCAGUGAAAGCCAGAAGGUCCUGGAGAGCUGGUGCUACUGAGUCCACAUCCUCCUGAUGCAGGUUCUGGGUCAGGGCUGCUCUCCACUGUGUGCAGAGAAGCUCCUUCUGCACAUCCAGAACCUGUGAUGGGAGGAGAAUGAACUCCCACAUGUUUCCUCUGGCCCAACAUGGGCACUUUUGCACAAGUGCACUAGCACACACACACACACACACACACACACACACACACACACACACACACGACACAUACACACAGUGAUAACAAAAAAUAAGGACUCUAAGUAUGGAGAGUAUAAAAUGCAUAGUUCACUGUUGAAAACAAUUUUGUAGAAGCAGGGUCUCACUAUGUAGUUCAGGCUGGCCUGGAACUCAGAGAUCCACCUGCCUCUACCUCCUCAGCAUCAAACCUAAAGGUAUGUGCCACCAUGCCUGACUGAUUCUUGCAUUUUUAGCUCUAAUAGUAUGUCAUUUAAAGUAUUAAAACCUUAAAAUUGACUAUUUCACUCACAUUAAUUUGUAAACUAUAGUGACAUUAAGUACAAUGGCAAUAUUCAAAUACCUCAGGUAUCACUAAAGAAAACCUGUAAUCACUAAUCAUUGGAAAUGGAAAUCGAGAACUAAUUGUUUAGUAGAAGUCUCUGGUAAGUGUAACAGGCCCCAGAUCUUAGCACAACUGAAUCCAUGAUAGAACUGCCAUUGAGGCUGUAAAACUCAGCACAUAGACAGCACUACCUGCCCACACUAAAACAAAGGCCUGAUCUAUUCAAGCCCAGAGUUAAGGGAAAGUCUCUGAAUGUACUAACCUUGCGUUUUGUCUUCUGUAGUUCCACUUCUGCCUAACUGUUCUUGUAAACUGACAUCGAUCCAGACAUUGUUUCUGUGCUUAAAAGCUCUACCUGAGAAAGGUUCAGUGCUACACAGGGAUCGCAAAUAACCAAUGUAGUUGUGACCAACUAAUAAAGUGUUUUUAUUGACUUAAAUUCAUGUCUGAGCAGUCUUCUCUGGUGAGUUCCCCACAACAUUUGUGCAAGGUCCACCGAGAUCCCAGAGAAAGACCUGAAGACACUAGAGAUCUCAGUCUCUUGGAAUAGGGAAGAGUGUGGUGGUCAAGAAUCUCCUAGGGCAGUGUUCCUCAAUCUGUGGGUCAGAACCCCUUUGGGGAUUCAAGGGCCCUUUCAAAGGAGUCACACAUCAGAUAUCCUGCAUAUCAGAUAUUUAUAUUAUGAUUCAAAACAGUAGCAAAAUUACAGUUAUGAAG